CAAAUACACAGACACAGAAAAUGUUAAUAUUUUUAUGUCUUAAGGUUGAACUUCCUAAAAUACAGAUAAGGUGUUCAACCCUCAAGAUUCAUUUUCCUUGAAUCUUACCAACAAAACGCUCCUGGACUCAGAAAUUGAGGAGAGAAGGAGAGAGAGAGAGAGGAAGAGAGACAGAGAGAAAGAAUGAAUUCAUCCAAAUCAUCUGCAUCACAAUGCACAGAGAAAGAAUGCUUCUCUUCCCAAGCGUUCUUAUGGACUGUUGCUGGGGUCUCCAUGCUACUACUCAGUGCUUGUUUUAUCACCAAAUGUGUUGUGACAUAUCACAUCUUUCAAAUCUGUGGUGAGAAAAAGUUCCAGCCACAGGAGGAUUUCAUGGAGCUCUCCUGCCGUAAUGAAGGAUCAGGUUCCAUCAAGAAUUGCUGUCCGUUGAAUUGGGUACAUUUUCAAUCUAGCUGCUACUUCUUUUCUAGUAACACCAUGACCUGGACAGCAAGUUUAAAAAACUGCUCAUACAUGGGAGCCCAUCUGGUGGUUAUCAACACCCAGCAGGAGCAGGAAUUCCUUUUCCAUGCGAAACCUAGAGAGAAAGAGUUUUAUAUUGGACUGACAGACCAGGUGACAGAAGGUGAUUGGCAAUGGGUUGAUGGCACACCUUUAACAAAGUCUCUGAGCUUCUGGGAUAUAGGGGAGCCCAACAACUUAGCUACAGCGGAGGACUGUGUCACCAUAAGAGACUCUUCAAACCCAAGGCAAAACUGGAAUGAUGUGGCCUGUUUCUUCCGUCAUUUUCGAAUUUGCGAAAUGCCAGAAAUAAAUACUUGAACAAAGAAAAACCUCUAAGAACAGAAGGCACAACUUAAAUGUAUAAAUGAGGAGGAACAAGGGAUGAACACAGCCUCAACUCCAACAUGAUAAAAGUGUCCACUGCACUUCAUAAGGGCUUCAAAAGUGUUUGUUGCUUUGAUAGAAAUAAAAAUAGUAGCUUUGAA